GUAUAAUCUGGAGGUUUUCUUGCUGGCAACGCUCCAUCUGCAGGACCUGAUCUGAUCAUGUCCGCCGUGACCCAUCCUGACUAUGGGUCAACCUCAACUUCUGCCCUAGAGCCUAAGACAGCGGUCGAGCGUACGACGGUCGUCACAACCGUCCCCGACGCCGAUGCCGAUGUCGACGAGAUGCCGCCGCCGCCAGCGGACUUCAAGACCGACCUUGGGUUCUGGAUCAUCAUUCUCUCCCUGGCACUCAUACUCUGGCUUGCUGCCCUCGACCUAUCAAUCGUUUCCACCGCUCUGCCUACUAUCAUCUCUGACCUCCCUGGGUCCACCUCGUUUGUCUGGGUAGGGAGCGCAUUCACGCUUGCCUCCACUGCCAUACUCCCGCUCUCUGGGAACCUCGCUCAGCUCUUCGGCAGGCAGGCAACUGUGCAGGGUUUCAUCGCCUUGUUCGCAGUUGGCUCGGCGGUUACGGGUGCAGCCAAGAACAUGCAAACGAUGAUUACUGGUCGAACGAUCCAAGGUCUUGGUGCUGGGGGAAUGCUCGCCCUUGUCGAUAUCAUCAUCGCGGAUCUUGUCCCACUCCGUCAACGUGGCCUGUAUGAAGCCCUCCUCUCCGGUAUUUGGGCCGUAGCUAGCGCGGCGGGACCACCGCUUGGUGGAGUACUCGCUCAGGUCGGCCAGUGGAGAUGGAUAUUCUUCGCGAACUUGCCACUUUGCGGGAUAGCAGCAGCCAUGGUAUGGCGGUUCCUGAAGCUCAAGCGACCGCCAGGAAGUUGGAGGAGAAAACUAAGACGAGUGAACUAUAUUGGCAACGCGAUUGUCAUGGGCGCCGCGACAUCCGUCAUCCUCGCUCUUACUCAAGGUGGAGUCGACCAUCCCUGGUCAUCCUACCAGAUCCUCGUACCUCUUAUCAUCGGUCUCCUCGGCAUGGUGAUAUUCUUGGUAUAUGAAGCCUUCUUCUGUGUCGGGGAACCGAUGGUGCCGCUAUCGAUGUUAUCGAAUCGCACCGUACUCUCGGGAUACGCUGGAACGUUGGUCCACGGACUCGUGUCCAUCCUUCUGCUGCACUAUCUCCCUGUCUUCUUCCAAAGCGCGAUGCUCGCCACGCCUCUACGCUCUUCCGUCCAGUCACUACCGACUGCGCUGACGAUCGCAUCAUUUGCCAUCAGAGCAGGUGUCAGUGUUGCAGUCACCUCGCACUACGUUUCCCAAAACGUUGCCGCUUGGAUCAUCUCGAUCGUCGGCUUUGCCCUACUUUCCACGUUCCAUAAAGACAGCAGCACGGCGCAAUGGGUAGGGUAUCAAGUCCUCGUCAGUUCAGGCAUGGGCGUCCUCUGGAUCAGCACCGAGUUCCCGGUCCUAGCGCCUCUACCCACGAGCAAGAAUGCGCACGCCCUUGCUUUCUUCGCUUUCCUCCACACAGCUGCCAACACCUUCGGGGUGACUAUUGGUGCCGCCGUGUUACAGAACGAACUGCGCCGCCUUCUCCCACCUACGUUCAGCGAAAGUCUCCCGCAACGAUAGACAUCGCCUACGCUGCCAUCCCUGAGAUCUCUCGCAUGCCCCAACCGUUACAGGACCAAGAGCGCGAUGCAUUCGCCGAGAGUUGUCUACAUUGUGGAAAAUCACGGCGGGGUUGUGGGGGCUCGGUCUGCUCACGUGCGUAGGGAUGAGACAGUUGAAGAUGAAUGAAGGAGUUGAUGAGGAAUGGGGAACGGAAGUGAAAAGGGAGGAAAGAGUACCGCUCGCUCCUGCUAGUCAGGAGCAGCCGAAUGUGGAAGAGGAAAUAGCUUAAGCUUGAUGCUGAAGAAAGCGAGAAUUUC